AUGUGUACACAGGGCGAGCUAAGUGAUGGUGGAGUUUGUAUGGUAAUGUGGGUGAUGAAUGAACUUAGCGGCCCGCCGUACGGAACACCUGUGUUAUUAUUGGUUGUAGAUCAUUUCUGUGUGAGUGGGGACGUCAGCGAAGCCCCCGCCCUGUAUUGGAGACCAUGUCGAGGUUUGGGGGCUAAAGGAGACUCCGCCCCCCUCACACAAAUGUUGGAUCAAUAA